GCCGCGGGCGCGCAGGCAUGAAGGCACAUAGCAACCACUGUUUUCUGAUAGACUUGUGGUAUUUUGGCUUUUCAAGACCAGUACAAACUACUCUCAAGCACCCACUCACCAACUACACUGGAAACCUCCACCCAGAAUAUCUGUGUCUGUGAAAUGCUUCACCAGCUGAAAGCCAGUAGAGGCUAUGGACCUUCUCUGCAUCUGGGAUGAGGAGAGGACCUAACAAUCCUUCUGGAAGAGCCAUCGGAUCUAGGCUGUGUUUGAAUGGUGUGCAGCAGGCUUGACCAUGAUGGGGGUCAGCGCUGGGACAAGGUGAAGGUGGUGAAGACAGUUGUGAUGCUGACCAGGUCUCAGAUGCCCCCUGGACAGUCUUUUCUUACUAGGAGGCAUUUUGAUUGAACCUUGUAGGGAACAACUCCAUUGAGGUGAGAUGCAUUAACCAUUGGGAUGAAGCAGUCCAGAUGGCAGCAACACUGGGGAGGACCAGCUGGCCACUGUGCCAUCAUCUCAGCACGAGGGCCCAGCUACCUGGACACUGAACCUGCUGGCUGUUUUGUGAGGUGGUAAUGUUUGGAAGGCUUGCACUGCUUACAGUAGUACAUGGAAGAAGAUUUCCAACUCGAGACAUAUGUGUUGCCAGUAAUUUUCCGAUGAAGUACAUCCUGGUAACCGGGGGUGUCAUCUCAGGCAUUGGCAAAGGAAUCAUUGCAAGCAGCAUUGGCACCAUACUGAAAUCAUGUGGUCUACGAGUCACUGCAAUCAAAAUCGAUCCCUAUAUUAACAUAGAUGCUGGAACAUUCUCACCAUAUGAACAUGGUGAAGUCUUUGUACUAAAUGAUGGUGGAGAAGUUGACUUAGACUUGGGAAAUUAUGAAAGAUUCUUGGACAUUAAUCUCUAUAAAGAUAACAACAUCACCACUGGAAAGAUCUACCAGCAUGUAAUCAAUAAAGAAAGACAUGGUGACUACCUGGGAAAAACAGUUCAAGUUGUUCCACAUAUUACUGAUGCCGUUCAGGAAUGGGUGAUGAAUCAGGCAAAGGUUCCUGUGGAUGAUGACAAGAAAGAGCCACAAAUAUGUGUUAUUGAGCUGGGUGGAACUAUUGGAGACAUUGAAGGCAUGCCAUUUGUUGAAGCAUUUAGACAGUUUCAGUUUAAGGUGAAAAGAGAACGUUUCUGCAAUAUCCAUGUGAGCUUGGUACCACAGCCGAAUGCCACUGGGGAGCAGAAAACAAAACCUACACAGAACAGUGUUCGAGCACUGAGGGGCCUAGGCUUGUCUCCAGAUCUGAUAGUCUGCAGAAGUGCAAAGCCUAUAGAAAUGGCAGUGAAGGAAAAAAUUUCCAUGUUUUGCCAUGUGGAACCUGAACAGGUGAUAUUUAUCCAUGAUGUUUCUUCUACUUACCGAGUGCCAAUCCUGCUGGAGGAACAAGGCAUUAUUAAGUAUUUUAAACAGAGAUUAAAUUUACCAAUUGAUGACCAACCCAGUGAUCUUCUUUUCAAAUGGAAGAGAAUGGCUGACAGAUAUGAAAGGUUGCUGAAGGUAUGCUCCAUAGCUCUGGUUGGCAAAUAUACGAAACUAAGUGACUGCUAUGCAUCUGUUUUCAAGGCUCUGGAACAUUCGGCUUUGGCAAUAAAUCACAAAUUGGAUUUAAUGUAUAUAGACUCAAUAGAGCUUGAGCAUUGCACAGAAAUUGAAAACCCAGUAAAAUACCACCAGGCAUGGCAAAAGUUAUGCAAAGCAGAUGGCAUUUUGGUCCCAGGAGGAUUUGGAUUUAGAGGAACUGAGGGCAAACUCCAAGCAAUCUCUUGGGCAAGAAAAAAGAAAAAGCCUUUUCUAGGAGUUUGCUUAGGGAUGCAGCUGGCUGUUGUGGAGUUUGCAAGAAACUGUUUAAACUGGAAAGAUGCAAAUUCUACAGAAUUUGACACAAACACAAAGAAACCUGUUGUCAUUGACAUGCCAGAACACAAUCCUGGAGAUAUGGGAGGAACAAUGAGACUGGGGAAAAGGAGAACAGUUUUCAAAACAGAGGAUUCUGUCUUACGGAGGCUUUAUGGUGAUGAAGCUUUUGUGGAGGAACGACACAGGCAUAGAUAUGAAGUGAACCCUGAGUUGACUCGCUUCUUUGAAGAGAAGGGUUUAAAGUUUGUUGGCCAUGACACAGAAGGGAAUAGAAUGGAAAUCAUUGAACUGGAAAAUCACCCAUAUUUUGUUGGUGUUCAGUUCCAUCCAGAAUUUUCCUCAAGACCUAUGAAGCCCUCGCCUCCAUACCUUGGUCUCUUGCUUGCAGCAACUGGGACACUCAGUGCAUACUUGCAGCGUGGAUGUAAAUUAUCUCCAAGCGACAGCUACAGCGACCUUAGCGAUGACAGCUCUCCAGAAAAAGAACCCCCUGAUUCAGAAGCAACCUGAAAGCAUUAUGUGAGGGGAAAAAAACCAGGAGGAUGCUGCUGAGAAAGACAAGAUGAUAUUGAAGGGAAAGGAGUGUACCACCUAUACAAUGGAUUGCAGCAUGUACCACCCGUACAAUUUCAUGUUUUCCUUUAUUUGAUAUAAGUAGCCUGUUGAGCUGUAAAACCUUCACAAAGGCUUAAUUUCCUUGCAACAAUGUUUCCCUCCCUGCUGUGGAUGGUAGUUGUUUUCAGGUGGCUUCUUAUAUUUCCAUCAACCUCUCAAAAAGAAGUCCCCCAUGCAGAUGCUGGUUCUGUUUAAAACUGACACAGAAGGCCAUCAAAUCUUUGCUCUUAGUCAUAACCAGUCUUGUUCUGUGAUUUCUGAAUUAUCUCAGGUGAAUCUUUAGCUAUCUUUGAUUUGAGAGAGAGAUUUUUUUAACUGCUUUAGAGCAGUAAAAUAUAUUCUCCCUUGUGUGGAAAUGGUAUUAGCCAGGAGGGAAUAAAUUGAAAAACUUGCUUGAUUCUAUGAUGAGUUUUUCCCCCCAUUUAACCUGGGGCGGAGAAGUCCCUUGUCUUAGAAUUGAGUAGCAGGGGGGAGGAAAGGUGCCUGCUGUGGCUCAGGCUCCAGCUCCUACCUGGGGUUGGGGCCAUAGCCACGGCUACUGCCUGAUUUCCACUCCCUGCCGCCUCUGCAACCUGUCAUCUCCCCCAUGCAGUCUCUUGCUAUCUCCCACCUCAUGCAGCCUUGGCUUUUCCACCUUCCGCUCUCCUUCCUGCCCUUACUCUUGCUUCACACCAACAGCCUCUGUCCCCAUUCAUGGGACGUGGAGCACAGCCCCAGCCUGCAUAGCUGCUACAGGGGCUGGGCAGAGGCCUUGCUCCAUGUCCCAGGCUAGAAUGGGAACACAGCCUGCCAGUGCAGAGCAAAGGUAAGCAGGGAAAGGGAAUACCGGAGGCUGGAGGGGGCAGGCACAAACAGGACAAGUUACUUGACUUCCCUGUGCCGCCUGCUGCCCUACCGCCUGCCCCUUUGCGGUGGUGUGGGGGAUGAGUUAAAGACGACCCUCCAGUAGUUAGAUUCUAUCUUGGAAAAUUACAAGUUUAUACAUUUUCUAUGUGUAGAAUCUAAUUAUUGGGGAGGGGCAUCUUAAAUUCAGGUAAAUGUGGUGAAUUGUUAAGUGUGCUUACAUAUAAGCUGUGGAGAAUUGUCUCAGGUUUGUUUCCCUUGUAAGCUGUUUGUAUAUAUAUUUACUCAUUUGCUGUUAAUACGCGGAUUAUAUUGAUUUGUUAUAAUCCUCUUUAGAUUUUAACAAUUGAUGUUGAAUAGACAUAGCUUUUCACUUUGUCCCUGGAAGUAGUUUCACUGUACAAAUGUUCCAAUGUGUGAUUUUUUUUUUCCUGUAACAGUAAUGUUUUUGAAAAUCUUCUAAUACAGAAUGCAAUUCUAGGUUACCGAAUUGUAAAGGAGAUAGUAUAAUGUUUUUAAUUAGGAAUUUCAGAGAAUUUAAACAUGUGGCUACAGUUAAGUUCAAUCUGUUUAGCUGUGAACAAAAUGCUAAUAUAAAACAUUUGGAGGAACCAGUCAGAAAUGUACAGGGCCAGAUACUGAAUCCAGUCAGAUAACACACCAGUGGAUUAAAGCUCCUCCUUGCACUGCCAUCAUUCAGGGACCACUCUAUGCAGGGGUGCUACCCCUAUAUCAGAUUAGAGCAACCUAUAUGUGCUGUAAUUUAGGACAGGGACAAACAGCCUAUUAUAGAAACUGAAACUAUAAGAGUGAUGGGGGAACGGAAAUAAUCCAGUUUCUCAUGGUAUGUCAGUAGUGCAGGGAGGAUCAUACCAAUGGCAGAUCCUCUAGUGAGUCCACGCAGGGCCAGUUUGGGUGGCUGAAGACACAGAAUCCUCCAGUGAUAUGGCCACCUAAUAUGUAAUUUAAUAUGAACUUAAUAUGUAAGUUCAAGUUUUGGAUUUAGUUUUCUUAAAAUUGCUUUAGAAAACUUCAGUUUAUAGAACCAACAGAUCCUUUUAUUCAAAGAAAUUCUAAUACCAGUAAAAUAUAAACUAAGCUUCUGAUGUUUUUAUUUUGGGGUGGGUUUUUACCUUCUUGCCUUGGAAAUAUUAGGUAUUAAAAGAGUUGACGUUAUUUACAAGUCUUUGCCAAUGUUGGAUACUGGCCACUGGAAUGUAGAACAUGUUACACUUCUUUUAAGAUUGUCUGAAAUUUUAAAAUAUAUUUUCAAAUAAAUUAUAUUACAUGAAAA